AUGACCGUCUCGGUUCCCGCCAACAUCACCCAGGCCGAUGCCUUCGGUGCCAACUCCCCCUGCAACCUCGACAACUGCCCCAUCGAGUGGAGCAUCUACACCUACCGACCCUCGCUCGCUGCCAAUGUCUCCUUGGCUGCUCUCUUCGGCGCCCUUGGCCUCGUUCACCUCUUCCUGGGUGUCCGAUGGAAGUCAUGGGGCUUCAUGGGAGGCAUGCUCGCUGGCUGCAUCUCCGAGGUCGUCGGCUACAUUGGCCGCGUCAUGCUCUACAACAACCCCUUCUCCUUCAAUGCCUUCAUGAUCCAGAUUGUCUGCUUGACCAUCGCUCCCGUCUUCUACACGGCCUCGAUCUACGUCACCCUCUCCAAGACGAUCAACUUCUUCGCCCCUGAGCUGUCUCGAUUCAAGCCUCAGCUGUUCUACUGGAUCUUCAUCCCCUUCGAUAUUGUCUGCCUUAUCCUCCAGGCCGCCGGUGGUGCUAUGUCUACCAGUGACAACAGCAGUAACCUGGGCGUCGAUAUCUCGAUGGCCGGUCUCAUCCUCCAGGUCAUCGUCCUCGCUGCCUUCAUCAUCGUCUUUGCCGACUACAUGAUCCGCUAUAUGCGCUCCGGCCAUGCUGCUACCUUUGGAUGGCGCCUCAACGCCUUCUUCGGUGGUCUUAGUGCCUCCAUCAUCCUCAUCCUCAUCCGAUGCGUCUUCCGUGUUGUCGAGCUGCAGGACGGAUACGAUGGUAGCCUCAUCAAGCACGAGGUCCCUUUCAUCCUCCUUGAGGGUGUUGUCAUUGUUCUCGCAGUUAUGGCUCUAUGCUUCGGCCACCCCGGCCUCGUCUUCAACCGCCAGCUCGGAGGCCGUUCUUCUUCCGACAGCGAGAAGGGCGUUAACUUGUCUGAUAGCAACUAA